AUGAAUCACAAUUUUUUUGGCAACCCCUGUUCAGAAUUUCAUCUAUGCUUUAUUAAGCAAUGGGAUGCACCGAAGCAGAAGUGGGAUCCAGAGGAAGAAGCAGCUCCGACGGCUGGAGUCUUUAAGAAUGGGCAAGGGAAAUGGCCGACAAUUCUCAAAGACCCACAAUUCAGUCACGAAAAUAUCUUCUUUUCUUUGUUUAGGCUGGAUAAUCUUACAGUAGAGGCUGUAAACAGUUUGAGAGAAUCUGUUGGUACUAACAAGACAACUAUAGCUGCAUAUAUAAAGGAUCAACAUUUGGCAACUCCAGAGUUAAAAGGAUAUUAA